AUGCGUUCGGCACUCACCUCCACCGCCGCCCUCGUCCGGCCGAGCAUGUCAUCCCUCCUGAUGACCCCCAGAACGUCCGCCUUCCUCCCCUCAAUACGCUUCUCCUCCACAGCCGCCGCCGCCGAUGCCACCUCCUCUACCUCGACGACACCAAGGCCGUACGUCAUCGGCCUGACCGCCGGCAACCAGUACCCCGUCUACGCGCGCACAAAGGCCGCCGGCUCGUCCAAGUUCACCAUUGUCAAAAAGAUUGAGGGCAACAAGAAGGCCUUCGCCCAGGACCUUGCCCGCGAGGCCGGUUUCCCCAGCGAGGAGGUCAAGCUGAACCCCGUGACGGGACACGUUCAAGUCAAGGGCUUCCAUGUCGAUAAGGUCAAGGAGUGGCUGAACAACACGCUAGGCAACUCUGCCGCCGCAAAGUCGUCGACAACUGCCACGACGGCAUAA